AUGAAUGCAACCACUCUCUCGUCCAAUCGCUUGAAGCACUUUAGGAAAUCAGCACACGAGCCAGCGCCACAAUAUUCCAUCACAAUCCACAUGGUAACGUCCUUGAUGUAUGUCUCAUGGCAGUUGGUGAUAUACGGAGACCUCAAUCCUUUGAGAAACUUGAUCUCCUGGAUCAAAACAGGUAUGUCGUCCUCGGAUUUCUCCAAAUCAAUGAUCUUAACCGCAACCACUUGGGAUGUCUUGACCAAUUCUCCCUUGUACACGUCUCCGAAGUUGCCCCGUCCGAUACACUCGCCCAGACGGACCAAGUUCAUCGGGUCGUGGAGCUCCGAGUCUGGCAUGUUCGUACUACUCUUCAUCUUUUUCAGCAGAUUGAACUUGUGUUCUUUUACAGCGGGCUUUGUAGUGCCAGUCGUCAAAGAGGAUGCUGUAGGCACAGAGACACUCACAGGAGAUGACUUGGAGGCCGAUCCCUUGAGCCUGUCAAUUUUGGCUUGCCAGUACGCCAGAGCUUCGUCAGAAAGCCCAAGAACGUUCUGGGUGCUAUCACCACAUUUGGUGCCGUUCAAUAUUAAAAACUCAGCAAGGUCAAACACCUUGAUGGUCUUGUCCUUGCCUUCAAGCAAUGGAUAG